AAGUUCUUGAAGAAAAUUAAAAGUGCUGCUCCAGGGAUCACACGAAUGAUGAGAAAGCAAAGUAGCUUGUUUACUGAUAUGUAGAAAGUUUUAGCGGCUUGGAUAGAAGAUCAAACCAGCUACAACAUUCCCUUAGACCAAAUGCUAAUCCAGACCAAGGCCCUAACUCUCUUCAAUUCUGUGAAGGGGAGAGAGAUGUGGAAGCUGCUAAAGAAAAGUUUGAAGCUAGAAGGGGUUCACGAAGUUUAAGGGAAGAAUCCAUAUUUGUAAUAUCAAAGUGCAAGGUAAAGCAGCAGGGCUAAUGUAGAAACUGUAGCUGGGUAUCUAGAAGAUAGCUAGCUAAGAUAAUUCAUGAAGGUGGCUGCAUUAAACAGCAGGUGUUCAACGUAGACCAAACAGCCUUCUAUUGGAAGAUGUCAUCUAGGACUUUCAUAGUAGGAGAGGAGAGGUCAGUGUCUGACCUCAAAGCUUUAAAGGACAGACUGACUCUCCUGUCAGGGUAUAAAGCAGCUGGUGACUUCAAGUUGAAGUCAGUGCUCAUUUGCCAUUCCAAAAUCCUAGGGCCCUUAAGAAUUAUGUUAAACUAUUCUGCCUGUGCCCUGUAAAUGGAACAACAAAGCCUGGAUGGUAGCACAUCUGUUUACAACAUGAUUUAACUGAAUAUUUUAAGCCCACUGUUGAGACCUACUGCUCAGAAAAAAGAAAAACAAACAAAAGAUUCCCCUUAAAAUAUUCCUGCUUGUUGACAGUGCACCUGGUCAGCCAAGACAUCAGUUGGAGAUGUACAACAUGAUGUUGUUUUCAUGCCUGCUGACACAGCAUCCAUUCUCCAGCCCAUGGAUCAAGGAGUAACUUCAACUUUCAAGUUUUAUUAUUUAACAAAUACAUAUUGUAAGGCUAGAACUGCCAUAAAGAGUGAUUCCUCUGAUGGUUCUAAGCAAAGUCAAUUGAAAACCUUCAGGAACAGAUUCACCAUUUUCCAUGCCAUUAAGAAAAUUGGUGACUGAUGGGAAGAGGUCAAGAUACCAACAUGAAUAGGAGUUUGGAAGAAGUUGAUUCUCAUUCUCGUGGAUGACUUUGAGGGGUUCAGGACUUUAUUGGGGCAAGUGACUACAGUUGGGGUGGAAACAGCCAGAGAACUAGUAUUAGAAGUGGAGCCUGAGGAUGUGACUGCACUGCUGCCAUCUUGUGAUCAAAGUUGAACGGAUGAGGAGCUGCUUGUUACAGAUGAGCAAAGAAAAUACUGUCUCCUUUGGGAUUAAAACAGACUAAAAGCAACACCUAUGGGGGACUGAGAAGAAGCUGGAUUGGGCGGAGGGAGAAGUUGACCUUCCGCACAGUCCCAACGAAAAUCUCAGCCACCUGCAUGGGGUCCUGUCAUCCAGCCUUUCCUGAAACAAACCACCCACCAUAAUGGAUGCAGACUGCUCCUGGAAGGUUGUAUGACCCUGGGCAAGGCAGUUUUCUUGAGACUCUGUGAAAUAAGUUUCUACAAUGAUUUGUUCGACACUCAGGAGAGUUGGCCACGUGCAUAUCUACCUGGUGAGGAAGGCCAGCGGUGUCUCCAAAGGCCAUCAUCAACAGACUGUGGGCUCAAGACCUGCUGCUUCAGAGUUUGCUGCCCGAGGAGCUUCGGGCAACGUGCUGGAGCUGCUGGGCAAAUCCUACCCUCAGGACAACUACAGCAACCUCUCCCGGAAAGUUCUCUCCAGGGUUGGCAGGAAUCUGCACAAUCAGCAGCAUCACCCUCUUUGGCUGAUCAAGGAGAGGGUGAAGGAACACUUCUACCAGCAGUAUGUGGGCCGCUUUGGGACUCCGCUGUUCUCAGUUUAUGACGACCUUUCUCCAGUGGUCACCACCUGGCAGAACUUUGACAGCCUGCUCAUCCCAGCCGACCACCCCAGCCGGAAGAAGGGAGACAACUAUUACGUGAAUGGGACUCACAUGCUGCGAGCUCACACGUCCGCACACCAGUGGGACCUGCUGCAUGCUGGGCUGGAUGCCUUCCUGGUGGUGGGUGAUGUCUACCGGCGCGACCAGAUAGACUCCCAGCACUAUCCAGUGUUCCACCAGCUGGAGGGCGUCCGACUCUUCUCGAAGCAUGAGUUAUUUACUGGCAUAAAGGAUGGAGAAAGCCUGCACCUCUUUGAACAGAGUUCUCGUUCUGCCUAUAAACAGGAGACACAUACCAUGGAGGCCACAAAGCUCGUUGAAUUUGACCUUAAGCAAACGCUUACCAGGCUUGUGACACAUCUUUUUGGAGAUGGACUGGACAUUAGGUGGGUAGACUGCUACUUCCCUUUUACUCAUCCUUCCUUCGAGAUGGAGAUCAACUUCCACGGAGAAUGGCUAGAAGUUCUUGGCUGUGGGGUGAUGGAACAGCAACUAGUAAAUUCAGCUGGUGCUCAAGAUCAGAUCGGUUGGGCUUUUGGCCUGGGAUUGGAAAGACUGGCCAUGAUCCUCUAUGACAUCCCUGAUAUCCGCCUCUUCUGGAGUGAGGAUGAGCGUUUCCUAAAGCAGUUCCGCGUGUCAGAUAUCAACCAGAAGGUGAAAUUUCAGCCUCUUAGCAAAUAUCCUGCUGUGAUAAAUGACAUCUCAUUCUGGUUACCCUCUGAGAAUUAUACAGAAAACGAUUUCUAUGACUUAGUACGAACAAUUGGAGGAGACCUGGUGGAAAAAGUUGAACUGAUAGACAAGUUUGAACAUCCAAAAACAACCAAAUUAAAUCUGGGAGCUGGCCAUCCCUCCUACUUGGAGCACCAGGAUUUUACUUUUCCAGGACACACAAGACAAGCCACUGCUACCGCAUCACCUACCGCCACAUGGAGAGGACCUUGUCCCAGAGAGAGGUCAGGCGUGUCCACCAGGCUGUGCAGGAGGCCGCCGUGCAGCUGCUGGGAGUGGAGGGCAGAUUUUGAUGGCACUGCUUGGACCAGGCUGCAGCCUCUCGGGGCUCCAGGAUUUGUGAGGGAGAAAAGGAUAUUGUUUGUAGGCUGAGACAUCAGUCAUGUUUUGAUAAAUGGGUCAGUUUUAGGACUUUCAGAAAAUAAAAGAUCACUCUUGAGAGACUGUU